AUGAGCCAUGUAGACCCCCAACAGGCUGGCCAAGGUGCCCCUGGGCUUGUGGAAGACUCUACGCACACGUCUCAAGCCAAUGGCAGGACACCAGAGGCUUACAUCGAUCAGGCACCUCUCGAUUCUGACUUGCUCGAGCACGACAGAGACGACGAAGAGGAUGAUGAUGAUGAUGACGACGACGAGACUGAUGAGGCAGAGUACAGCCUCAGUCAUGCGCUCGAUGAAGUCAACGAUCAGGACUGGGAGAAUGCAUCGGGAGAUCUCACGAAGCGGUACAACCGUAUGAGGCAGCAUGUCUAUGCUUCUGCUGCGCCGUCUGCAGCUUCAAACAGAGCAGAGCAAUCUGCUCCUGCCUCUCACUCCGUCCUACCGGCUGCCAACUCGCGCAGGAAACAGCUCGAGAGCGAGACGCAUCGACCGUCAGGCAGCACGAAUGGCAAGGCACCCGUCCAUCAGGACAAGGUCGAGUCUGCCCUCAACGAGCUCGCCCAUCGCUUCGGCGAAAGGAUCAAUCUCAGCGAUGCUGCACUCGGCGUUGGCGUCACGCGCAAAGGUGGCAGCGAGCGCGUCCUCGUCAAGGACAAGAGCGACAGAGCGACGAACGAGCAAGUCCUCGAUCCCCGUACCCGCCUUGUUCUCUUCAAGAUGAUCGGGCGAGGCUUGCUGGAUCGCAUCGAUGGUUGCGUCAGCACGGGCAAGGAGGCAAAUGUAUAUCACGCUGUGGGCUACCCACUCGAUCAACCGGAGAGCAAGGAAAUCACUCACUAUGCGCUCAAGAUAUACAAGACGUCUAUCCUCGUCUUCAAGGAUCGAGAUCGCUACGUCACCGGCGAAUUUCGUUUCAAGUCUGGCUACGCUCGCUCCAACCCGCGCAAGAUGGUCAGGUUAUGGGCAGAGAAGGAGAUGCGCAAUCUUCGAAGAAUGUGGGCUGCCGGCAUGCGGUGCCCUCAGCCUAUCGAAGUGCGCAACAACGUCCUCGUCAUGACCUUUCUCAGCCCCGACACCGGAAGCUGGGAGGCUGCACCGAGGUUGAAAGAUGCCAGUCUGCCCCGAGAGACGAUCGAUACGCUCUACGUAGAGAUGCUGCAGAUUCUCAGGACGCUCUACUGCGUCUGUCACCUCGUGCACGCCGAUCUGAGCGAAUACAAUGUCUUGUAUCACCAGGAGCACCUGUUCAUCAUCGACGUCUCACAAUCUGUCGAGCAUGACCAUCCUCACGCCUUCGACUUCCUACGCGCAGACAUCAAGAAUGUCGAAGAAUUCUUCAAUCGCCGCGGCGUACAGACACUCGGGCUCAGAGAGACAUUCGACUUUACAAUAGGCAACUGGGACCACCGCGAUCUCAGUCUACGGGUCAUUCGCGACGAGCUCGCGAGACGUCUGGCACUAGAGCACGAAGCAGAUCAAGCAGCGGAGGCCAACACCCUGACAGCUGGUGACCUCAACAGUGAGCACAAAAGAGAUGAAGACGCCAUCUUUGCAAAGUCGUUCAUUCCGCGUACACUCUACGAGGUCUACGAUGCCGAGCGUGAUGUAGAGACUGUGCAGAGAGGCGAAGGGGAUCAGCUCAUCUAUGGUAAAUUGACUGGCAUGGACCAGGUCGAGACGGCCGCGCAGGACGGCAUCGAGAGCCAGUCGAGCGAGGACAGCGGAAGCGAGAGCGAGAGUGAUUCCGAAUCUGAUAGCGGCGGUGACGACGAUCGAGUGCGCGUGCUCAAAGGAAAGAAAUUUGAGGAUAAGCAAGCCAAGAAGGAUCGCAAGACUGCGACAAGAGAGGAACGUCGCGAGAAGCGCAAGCACAAGAUACCGAAAGCAGAAAAGAAGCGGCGCGUCAAGAAGACGUCAGGCAAGCGCUAA